AGGGGGGCGGUCGGGCCCCGAUGAGGCGGAAGGAGAAGCGGGUGCUGCGGGCGGCGGCUCUGGCGCUGGCGGCCCUCGUCCUCCUGCCCAACGUGGGGCUGUGGGCCCUGUACCGGGACCGGCAGCCCGCCACCGCCGCCGCGGGACCCUCCGCCACACGGGGCUCACAAGUGAGGCCAAGGAAGGAUAUUUAUUUUGGAGAUGGACAAAGGAACAAGGACUGGCAUGAUAAAGAAGCUAUCAGGAAAGACUCAGAGCGCAUAGGAAAUGGAGAGCAAGGAAAGCCUUACCCCAUGACUGAUGCUGAACGAGUAGACCAAGCUUAUAGAGAAAAUGGAUUCAACAUCUUCGUCAGUGAUAAAAUCUCCCUGAACCGCUCCCUGCCUGAUAUUCGACACCCAAACUGUAACAACAAGUUGUACCUGGAGAAGCUGCCAAACACCAGUGUCAUCAUCCCAUUCCACAAUGAGGGAUGGUCUUCCCUCUUGCGCACUGUCCACAGUGUCCUGAACCGUUCGCCGCCGGAGUUAGUAGCAGAGAUCGUGCUGGUGGAUGACUUCAGCGAUCGAGAGCAUCUGAGAAAGCGUUUGGAAGACUACAUGGCGCGGUUUCCCAAGGUGAGGAUUCUUCGGACCAAGAAGAGAGAAGGACUGAUAAGGACUCGAAUGCUCGGGGCUUCGGUGGCCAUUGGAGAUGUCAUUACCUUCUUAGACUCACACUGUGAAGCUAAUGUCAAUUGGCUCCCCCCACUGCUAGAUCGCAUCGCCCGGAACCGCAAGACCAUCGUGUGCCCGAUGAUCGACGUGAUCGAUCAUGACCACUUUGGGUAUGAGACCCAGGCGGGAGAUGCCAUGAGGGGAGCAUUUGACUGGGAGAUGUAUUACAAGAGGAUCCCGAUUCCCCAGGAGUUGCAGAAACCUGACCCCAGUGACCCGUUUGAGUCUCCAGUCAUGGCUGGGGGACUGUUUGCUGUGGAUAAAAAGUGGUUCUGGGAGCUUGGCGGCUACGAUGCUGGGCUGGAGAUCUGGGGAGGAGAACAGUAUGAAAUCUCUUUUAAGGUGUGGAUGUGUGGCGGGCGCAUGGAAGACAUUCCCUGCUCCAGGGUGGGCCAUAUCUACAGGAAAUACGUCCCAUAUAAGGUUCCCACCGGAGUCAGCCUAGCACGGAAUCUGAAGCGGGUAGCGGAGGUGUGGAUGGAUGAGUACGCCGAGUACAUAUACCAGCGCCGACCAGAAUAUCGGCAUCUCUCAGCCGGAGACGUCGUGGCCCAGAAGGAAUUGCGGAACAACCUCAACUGCAAGAGCUUCAGGUGGUUCAUGACUGAGGUAGCCUGGGAUCUGCCCAAGUUUUACCCUCCAGUGGAACCUCCGGCAGCAGCUUGGGGAGAGAUCCGCAACGUGGGAACCGGCUUGUGUGCAGACACGAAACAUGGAGCUUUGGGUUCCCCUCUGAGGCUGGACAGCUGCGUAAAAGGCCGAGGAGAAGCAGCGUGGAACAACAUGCAGGUGUUCACCUUCAGCUGGAGGGAAGACAUCCGACCCGGGGAUCCCCAGCACACCAAAAAGUUCUGUUUUGAUGCUAUCUCCCACAGCAGCCCUGUCACCCUCUAUGACUGCCAUGGGAUGAGAGGAAAUCAACUCUGGAAAUACAGAAAAGAUAAGACCCUCUAUCAUCCAGUCAGUAGCAGCUGCAUGGACUGCAGUGAGAGUGACCGCAAGAUCUUUAUGAACACCUGCAAUCCUUCAUCUCCCACACAGCAGUGGGUAUUUGAACACACAAAUUCAACCAUCUUGGAAAAAUUCAACAGGAAUCCUGACCUAUAGGGACUAAAUACCCACAUUUCUCUCUCUAUAUAUAUACAUAUAUAUAUAUAUAUAUAUAUAUUUUACAGCUAUUUUUUUUACAGGGAAGGGGGGGGGUCCAGAUUUUUUUAAGAGAAUAACUUUUUUCAAACAGUCAUUUAAAAUAAAAGGGAGCAUCUCAGGAGGAGGGAGUGGGGAGGGUUUAGGGCCAGUUUUUUAUUCCAUUGAUGCUGCCUCCUCCCCCACCUCAUCUCUCAUUGGAUAAGAUGGAACUUCUCAAGGGCAAGGCCUGAACUUGCAUUUUCAGGGCAAUCUGAGCCUGACCCUUGUUGCACUUUGCUUCCCAAUAAAAUUGAGGGGGAAACCACCCUGCUUCAAAAGAGCUGUAGAAAGGUGUUUCUGGUGAGGGGACACCCUGCAGAAUCCAGUCAAGCAAAGUGUACCCUGGACCCUCCAGCCUGGAGUCCUGCCACCAGAAUAAAUUUGCUUCGGGGCUACGAGGUACAAAGUCAUCUGGUGGAAAGCAGUUCACUGACUGGUAUUUCCCGUAUGUCGGGUCAAAAUGUUCCUGGAAGAUGCACUCCAAAGCAAGCAUCUGCCCAUAGGGAUAGCCUGGGAUCUUAGAAGCAAGAGAAAAUAGGACUGGGGGCAGGGAAUAUCACUGUUUAUUGUUGCAUUGUACUUUCCCAAGUGCUUAGUACAGUGCUCUGCACACAGUAAGCGCUCAAUAAAUACGAUUGAAUGAAUGAAUGCAUUUCAUGGGCAUUCUCUGCAAAAUCCAUG